AUGCACAAGAUAUACGACGAACUCACGGCCGCCAUCGUUCUUCGCACCGUUCCCAACAACCUGACCGAGCUGUUCAAUGAUGUGAAGCCGUCGAUUAAGAAGUACACGCCUUCAUUCGGGUACAACUUCCAAAUGACGUUGGUGUUUGGAUGGGUGUCGUUCGUGCUGUUGAGCACGUUCUGGAAGCCUAUGAAGUUCCGUGCUGUGAACCUAAAACAAGCGUUUAAUGGUCUGAUGAGCUCGCGAGGUAGUCGACUCGACUUUCUGGACGUGUUUCGAGUUGUGGCUAUUGUUUGGGUGAUGGCAAAUCAUUUGGGGAGUGAGGGCAGGGUGGAUAUUUUGGAAAGAAAGUCAAGCGCCGAAGAGUUUAAGGUGGGUACUAUAAUAUAGUUCAUUUCAUAAGGUUACACUUUAAAUUUUAAAACAAAAAUAGGCUUACAUUUAAGUAAAAAGACCUGUUUUACUAUUUCAAUCAUCUUUUUUUUUAAAGUCAGUUUAAAACCAUUAAAAACGGCCGAAUAAAAAGUGGAAGAUUUCCAAUGUAAAUUGCAUUAAAAAUCUUCCACGCGCUUUUCUCUUGAAUUUAGUGAAAUUUUAAAGCAUUUUUGAUUGUAAAUGGAAAGUCUUGUCAUUUUAUGGUCUGUAAAGAAAGUUUUUACCAUUUUAUGUUUUGUAAAGAAAGUUCUUGCCAUUUUUUGUUUUGUAAAGAAAGUUCUUGCCAUUUUUUGUUUUGUAAAGAAAGUUCUUGCUAUUUUACCUAAAAUUAAAAAAAAAACUUUUUUGUUACUUAAAAAUAAUAAAACAUGAAUUUUUGUUACCUAAAAUAGUGAUAGCAGCUUUGAUAGAACAAUGAAAGCUAAUCUUAGUCCAUUUCAGAGCUCAGUUCACAACCACCCGAUCCUCGGCGCCCUUCUAGGCAACUCAGCCUUAGGCGUGGAGAUCUUCCUCGUCUUAUCAGGCCUUUUGGCCGCCAGAUCAUGGCACCGUCAAUCAGAAACGCCCUUCCUUCACCAUUCAUUCGUAUUCCUGAUCAAACGAAUCCUCAGACUGCUACCAGUGAUUGCCGUCUUUGUGGGCUUGGCUGCCGGUCCAGUCAUGAGUAGACUGAUGCCACGGUUCCAUGAUACCAUGAUAAGUGAAUGUGGAGUCAAGGGAAUCAUGUCUCACUUGACAUUGACCUCGAAUUGGCAAGAAACGCCAACUUGUUUGGGCUAUUUAUGGUGAGUUUCGGGGUGGAAAGAAAGUUUUUGCGGUUUUUUGUGAGAUCUAGAUAAAAUUUUGGGUAUUUUUUGACCUGUAAAGAAAGUUAUUGCUAUUUUUGGUACUUUUUAAAUUUUUUGUGUUAUUUUGAUUACUGGAAAGAAAGUUAUUGCGCUUUUUGUUUUGUAAAGGAAGUUUUUGUCAUUUUAUGAUUUGUAAAGAAAGUUCUUGCCAUUUUUGUCAGUUUUCAAAUGUAUUUUAAUAUUCUGAUUACUGGAAAGAAAGUUCUUGCGCUUUUUGUUUUGUAAACAAAGUUCUUGCAAUUUUUUGAUUUUUAGGUAAUAACUGUGCCAUUUUUUGAGUUAUACAGUAACUCUAUGACAUAUCUGACACUUUCCAACUAUAUUUUGUCAUUUUUCUUUAUAGCAUCAAUAAGUUUUGUCAUUUUCAGGUACGUCGGCCUCGAUAUGCAGCUCUAUUUAAUGGCUCCAGUACUGCUCCAACUCCUCUACCGUGCACCAAAACUGGCCUUAAGCACUAUCUUGGUACUGAUCAUUGGUUCCGCCGCCCAACGUGCCAACAUUUGUACCAGCUUUGGUGUUUGCAACAAAAGCGAUGUUGACAUACCAUUCAUCUCGUUCCCGGGCCAGGAUCCGGCUACAGUACGUCAAGUUUACGCCGGAUUGUGGGAAAUGUACGGUAGACCAUGUACCAAGGCCGGGCCUUUUUUGAUUGGACUAGUACUUGGCUUUGGUACCACCAAAUUGGAGCUCCAACUGAGGAAUGGUGUAGCCAACAGAAUCGCGGCUACUGGAAUCUCAGCUGCCAUCAUGGUGAUCUACGCUAUCCUGCCCGAAUACUGGUACCCAGACGCCGGUACCACAUUGUACAACACGCUAUACACGGCCUUGUUUAGGACCGUCUUUGGUGCUGCUGUGUCAUGCACAAUAUUCGCCUUGUUUUACAGCGAAAAACCGACCAAAGUAGCCAAGUUCUGGACUGUCCUAGCCAAACUGACCUUCAACGUUUACCUCUGGCACAUGCCUAUGGUGUACUUGUUCAACUUUGUACCAUUCUUCCAAACUGCGACUUCGGCCAUGGUACUAGUGGCCCUAUUACCGGUACUUGCCUGCCUUUCGUUUCUGGCCGCUUUUCUGUUUUAUUUGUUUGUCGAGGACCCGAUUGCCAGAAUCUCUGGCCAAGUCUUGCAAAAAUUGUAA